UCGGUUUUGUUUUUCCCUCUGCUUUUGAACUUUUGUCGGAGGGAUUUUUGGAGGUUAGCGGAUUGUUUGUCUUCCGAUGUCGAAUGUUAUGGGAGAUCAGUCGAUGAAUUUCGAAAUGGCGAUUUCAUGGGGAGACGAUUUGAUCAAUGUUUUGGAUGAUGGGAAAGGAUUUGGCGUGCUUGUUCAAACCCUCGAGCAGCUCAGAUCUAUCCACUUCUCCUGCGACGACGAUUUUAGUGAGAUACAAGAGUCUCUCCAAGAUUUGCAGAAGAAAGUCGAUGCUUGCAAGGAGAAUACUUACGAGGCAUAUUCAGAGAUGGCCGAUGAAGAAGAAAUUGAGCGUCUUCAGAAAGAGCUUGAUCAAGAGCUUGAACUGGAGUGCAAGCUCAAGGAUGACCUCAGAUCCAUGGCUGAUGAACUCAAAGACAUGAAUUCUCAAGGGGCAUUCAUUGAAGAGCAGAUUUUAGCUAUAAAGAGGAACCUGCGGGACCAGUUGAAAAAUGAGAAAAAGCUUUCCAUGUAUGCUUCAGUCACUAGAGUCAUACCCAACAUUGAUGACCCAUUAAAGACCUCUGGCUAUAUGGUUGAUCGAGAAAAAAGGGUAAUGGACAAGUUCGAAUUCGAUCCAGACAAGAGGACUGCCUACGAGACAUGUAAUGCCGUUUGGGAUAUUAUAAACAGGCAAUAGACAGCUUCUCCUCACUGCCUCCGCCACUUUAUUAUCUGAAACUUGUGUGUGAUAACUAUUAACUUUGCAAAGACUGAUUGAUGUCAGUCUCUUAACAACCAACCGCCUAUGCCAUGUAAAAUUCUUCGUGUUCACUCUACUAUGAACAAUUUCUGCCUUUAUCUGAUGUUAUGAAUUUUUUCUUUUUGCUACUCCUUGUUGAUUCUUAUUGUGUUCAUGUAACAGCAUCAUGGUUAAUGAAUAUUUCUGUGCAGGCUUUA